AUGAACGGAGACGCUCAGACGGCUGAUAGACAGAACGGCGCUCGAACAAGGUUCAAGCUUGUUCUUCUCGGUGAAUCGGCGGUCGGCAAAUCAAGUCUCGUCCUGCGCUUUGUGAAGGAUCAGUUCGACGACUAUCGGGAAAGUACUAUUGGAGCUGCUUUCUUGACGCAAACCGUAACACUCGAGGAUCAAACGACCGUCAAGUUUGAAAUAUGGGAUACCGCUGGGCAGGAAAGAUAUAAGUCUCUGGCCCCCAUGUACUACCGCAAUGCCAACUGUGCCGUCGUGGUUUAUGAUAUCACACAAGCAGCUUCAUUGGAGAAGGCUCGUACGUGGAUAAGGGAACUACAACGUCAGGCCGACCCAUCGAUAGUCAUUGCUCUAUGUGGAAACAAGCUAGAUCUGGCUGCUCGACGCCAAGUCUCACAGGAAGAGGCGAAGAAGUAUGCCGACGAGGAGGGUCUUAUGUGGACGGAAACGAGUGCGAAGACAGGCGAGGGCGUCACGGAGAUCUUCACAGCCAUUGCCCAGAAACUUCCCUUGACCGCACCAAGUGCUACACGGGCGGGAGCUACGCGAGCAGGACCUGGAGCGCGCACAGGUGUUGACCUCAACAAGCAAGCAACUGGUGCCCCUGGGCAACCUGACGCCUGCAACUGUUGA